AUUUUGUUGUUUUGCUUGUACUGUUGCUUUGAUCUUCAGCUCUGGGUUUUUCGUGGGUUUCUAAUUUAGGAAUGUUUAAAUGAUAGUUGAAACUGUAUAACUGUCAUUUCAGCUGUUUUUUUUGUUAGGGUUCAUAUGCAGACGGGUUUUGGUUUUUUGGGUUUUUCUUUUUGCAUUCUUUGGUGUUAUACUGUGUAAUUAAGUUAUGGUUGAUGAGAUUAUAUUGUGGUUUGUGGGAUUAAAAGACUUGGGUUGACUUUAAUUUUGAGCCUCUGCUGCUGAUUUGAUCAUUUAGAGGGGUUCUUUUCCCCACUGAUGUUCCGGAAUAGAGAUUGUGAUAGAUAUAACAGCUGCAGAUCAAAUGCCAUCUCUAAGAAUGAAGGCCAAAUCCAGCAUGGGUUCUGUAAGAGAAAAAAAUGGUCUCCGUAUGUGUCAGAAGUCUAGCAUGAUUUGCAAAAGACCAUGCUCCCAUGUCAGGGUUUUCCAGCAAGGAGCUGAAUUUAGUACAUGUACUCAAAAUUCUCAUGAUGAUUCAUUAGACUUGGAAGUGGCUUCACAAGUUGUUGCAACCAAUGGAGCCAGUUCUCAGCAACUUAUUUUGGAUGAUGACAAUUCUGAGCUUCAGAAACAGCAUCCAGUUUUUUUUGAUUCUACGACUGUGGGAAGAAUGGAAUCUGCCGAAGCCUGUGCCUCAAACUUAGAGACAAUAUUCUCUCCUUUUCUGGAGCCAAUUGUAAUCCACACUGAACCAAAUAUUGACAAUGAUGCAGGGUGUAAUGAUGGCCCUGAAGUGCCAGCAUUAGGGGCUGAUGAAAGUGAUGAUAACAAAAGCUCGUUUGGCAGUCAAACAUGUAAUGUAUCAGAUUUCUUUAUAUCUGACAUGAUAAUUGCAAGCAUACCCUUUGAUGCAAAUGCUGUUGAUGAUAAUAUCUCUGGAACCAAUUCUUUUCCUGAUUUCAAGUGUUCUGAGCCAAGUAUGUUGUUUGAUGUGGCCGAGCAAUACAUGAUACUGCCUUUCCUCGAGGACACUGUCAAAGCAAAUGAUAUAAAUGAUGUUAAUUUCUGUGAAGAAGCCACGAUGGCUCAAGAUAAUGCUGGUUUAUAUGUAGCAAUUGAUCAGAUGAGAUCCUGCAUCCCGGAAUCUGAUGUUAACUCUGACUCGGAUCAAGCGGACGACUUCGAUCCACAGUCAUUUAUAAAAAAUUUACCAGAACUAUCUGAUGUUGUAUCAAGCUUUCGACCUGCUAUGGUGCCAAAGGAGGCUUGGAGAAGGAAGCCCGUAACCCUUGUGCUUGAUUUGGAUGAAACUCUCGUCCACUCUACACUAGAACAUUGUGAUAAUGCAGACUUCACCUUUACAGUAUUUUUCAACAUGAAAGAGCACACUGUGUAUGUAAAGCAGAGGCCUCACCUGCAGACAUUUUUGGAGAAAGUUGCAGAGAUGUUUGAAGUUGUCAUCUUUACUGCAAGCCAAAGUAUUUAUGCAGAACAAUUACUGGACAUAUUGGACCCACAUCAAAAGCUCAUAUCUCGGCGAGUGUAUCGUGAAUCAUGCAUUUUUUCAGAUGGAAGUUACACUAAAGAUUUGACAGUUUUAGGUGUUGAUCUUGCAAAAGUUGCUAUAAUUGAUAAUUCUCCACAGGUUUUCAGGCUGCAAGUGAAUAAUGGGAUUCCUAUUAAGAGUUGGUUUGAUGAUCCAUCUGAUUGUGCACUAAUUUCAUUACUUCCCUUCUUAGAGACUCUGGUUGAUGCUGAUGAUGUCCGUCCUAUCAUUGCCAAGAAAUUUGGUAACAAGGAAUAAGAGCACCUUGUUUUUCUCUGACUAGCUUUCAAUAUAGUUCCUUGUCCUUCUGUUUGCUUUAAGUGAAAUUUGGCCUCUAAUUAAAAACCCAAUUCUCUUUUCUCGUCAAAAUUAACCACAAAAUAAGCUAUAAUCUGUCUCAUUGUUGUGUCAGCUUUUUGUUGCUUGUUUCCUUUUCUUUCUCCUCUUGGUUGACAACCCUGUGGAGUGCUUUAUCUAAUUUUUUUUAGCAAAGGUAGUCAUAGAAAAUGUUUCUGUUUAUUUUAUUGUACAGUUGAAGUUCCAAUCAUAUAAGGCAUUGUAUAUGAAUUAUUACCUUGUGAAAUAUAAUUUUGCAGAUUCCUGUUUCUAUCUGUUUCUGCUGCUUAGUUAAUUAUCUUGUUUUUA